UUAUUUCAAUGAAUAUUUACGAUAUUAUAAAUUGACAUUAACCUCAAAGUGAACUCACAUUUGAUAUAUUUUUUUAUUUUCAAAAAUAGGUACAAGAAAUGGAAACAAAUAAUAUAGAAGAAUCAAGUUCUUCAUCGUGUAAUAAAAAUAGAACAACCAAGGAGCAAUUUGAUAUAUGCCCGGGCCCAAUUUGUAUGAUUGUGCUUGGAAUGGCGGGAAGUGGUAAAACUUCAUUUGUAAAACGACUAACACAAUUAGGAAAUUUACAAAAUAUGAAGCCCUAUGUCAUUAAUUUGGAUCCUGCGUGUCAAGAAGUACCAUACCAUGCCAAUAUUGAUAUUCGUGAUACUGUUAACUAUAAAGAAGUAAUGAAGCAAUAUAAAUUAGGUCCGAAUGGGGGAAUUGUUACGACGCUCAAUCUCUUUUCCACGAAAUUUGGUCAGGUUAUCGACCUGGUGAAGAAAUCUGGAGCUAAUCAUAAAUAUUGUGUUAUCGAUACCCCAGGACAAAUCGAAGUAUUUACCUGGUCAGCAUCUGGAACUAUAAUCACGGAAGCAUUAGCUACAACAUUCCCAACGGUCGUUAUCUAUGUAAUGGAUGUUCCACGAUCGAAAUGCCCAACUACAUUUAUGUCCAAUAUGCUGUAUGCUUGUUCCAUUUUAUAUAAAGCCAGAUUGCCUUUCAUCGUUGUCAUGAACAAAAUUGAUAUUGAAGAUCAUUUAUUUGCUUUGGAGUGGAUGCAAGAUUUUGAAGCAUUUCAAGAAGCUCUUGAAUCUGAACAAACAUAUAUAAGCAAUUUAACUCGCACAAUGUCGCUUACAUUAGAUGAAUUUUACCGAGACUUGAAAAGCUGUGGAGUAUCGGCAAAGACUGGUGCUGGCUUUGGAAAGUUAUUUGAUUUGGUUGAAGAAGGUGCUAAAGAAUAUUUAGCAGACUAUAAAGCCGAAUAUGAAAAACUGCGACAUGGGAAAUUAACUGAAGAAAGAAAUACAGCUGCAAAGCAUUUGGAUGAAAUUAAAAAAAGGAUGAAAUCUGGAAAAGAAAUUCCGAUGGCAAGCUUUAUAACAGAAGUAUCGACUGGUCGUGAGCUAUCGGAUAUUUACUUGAAGCAUCCAGCAAACGAAAUGAGCUCAGAAGAUGAAUAUGGUACCGAAGAUAUGGUGGCAAAUGGAGACGAGGAAAAAGAAGAAGAAGGUUUCAACAAAUUCAUGGCUGAACAGAUGGAAAAACAAAAGGAAAAAAUUAAAAUCUCUUCAGUGACACAGAAUUUUUAGAAAUAUCUAAAAAUAUUUGAUAUGUACUUUAUAAUAACUAAAUAAUAUAAACACA